AUGGCAGAUCAAAUUGAAAUUGCAGACAAUUAUGGUGGUGGUGAAAACAACUUUGACAACACCUUUGGUGACAACAAAGCAAUUCCAAGAUUACGCAUGAACGAAUUGAAUGAAAACAGUACUCGCUACGAUCAAAUGGCAGCGGCACCACCGGACGAAACGCUGGUGUAUUAUUGGUACACUUGGGCAGUCAUUACAGUUUCUGUGGGUCUCUUUAGUUUUCUGUUGUUUGCGAGCAUUCUAACCAACAAAAAAGUGAGACGAAAACCCUUCAACUUAUAUUUGUUGUACUUGCUGGUACCGGACUUUACCUUCUCCCUACUGUGUGGGAUCACCUGUUUCAUGAAUGCCUUUAAGGGCUCGUAUUACAGCAAGGCCAUGUGCAACAUGCAACAAUGGUACACGGUCUUUGGAAUUGGUGGCUCGGCCUGGAUCAAUGCCAUUAUUGCCUAUCAGGUUCAUGCCAUGCUCAAGGACUCGAAUGUCCGAAGAAGGUAUCGGGUACCGACCAGCAAUGCUGUGAGCUUGCAAUGUUUGGCCGCGUUUGCCUGGGUCAUUUUCUUGGGCAGUUGGGGAGUCUAUGAAGAGGCACGCUUUCCCUUUCAUUCGGGGCUCAUUUCCGGACUAGCCUGUCUGCCCACGGAAGUGGACGAAGAGUCCUCGUAUUACUUUUGGCUGUUAUUUGUGCCACUCUUUGUGGGAAUCCCGACGUUUUACGGAUUGCACGUAUCGUUUGACAUUCAGCGACGGAAACUCUUGCCGCCCACUGGUAAACGACGCUUGCUGUCUAUUUACUUUGGACGUUUGCUGCUAGUGUUUUGCAUCUUUUGGAUCCCCUCGGUGAUUUUGAUUUUUGUCCUUCCCUCCUUUACUCCGUCAUGGUCCGGGUUUGCGGGAGGCACUUGGAGCCAUUUGCAGACUCUCAUGAGUGCGGUGGUGAUUUCAAGGAAACCGGACAUUUACAAGGCCUUUAUGGACUUUUUGUGCUGCCGACCAUUCGUGGCCAAAGUUCGAGGAAGGGAACUUGGAAGCGAAUCUCAAAAGGAAGAUGCCCGGGCCAGUACGGUUCGCUGGGAAAAAAGUUUUGUAUUGCGGAGUGGGGUAAGCAGUCGUCGAUCUUACACGGACGAUUCUCAAAGUGUUGGUGUUGGUGGUACUGCACCUGCUGAUGGUCCUUUGACAGGGGGGGACAGUUCUUCCAUCCUGGACAUUAGCGGGAAUCUGAUGGAGAGAAAAAAUCUUUCCUCGGAAGCGGAGGGUGCAUUGGAAGCUACCACGGAAUUGAGCAACGAUCUUAAAAAGUCGAUCGAGUCGAAUGAUCAAUUGGAAAUUAGUGACGAGAGCGACGAUGAGGUCAAGGACGACGGUAUCGAGGAUGCAAUGGUUUGA